AAAAAUUAAAAAAAAUCAUUUCAGUCACUGUCAUUACCUGCUUUGAAACAUUUAUAUGUUGUUUAAAAAAUCAAAAUGAGGCCUAGAGUGCAGCAAGAUGGCCGCCCCCGUGGAUCUUGAGUUGAAGAAGGCCUUCAUAGAGCUUCGAGCCAAAGUUAUCGACACUCAACAGAAGGUGAAGCUGGCAGACAUACAGAUUGAACAGCUAAACAGAACAAAAAAGCAUGCACAUCUUACAGAGAUCAUGACUUUGGUAGAUGAGACUAACAUGUAUGAAGGUGUAGGAAGAAUGUUUAUUCUUCAGUCCAAGGAAGCAAUUUACAAUCAACUGUUAGAGAAGCAAAAAACAGCAGAAGAAAAAAUUAAAGAACUAGAACAGAAAAAGUCCUACCUGGAGUGGAGCGUUAAGGAAGCUGAGGACAACAUCAGGGAGAUGCUGAUGGCACAAAGGGCCCAGUAGGGAGCCUCUCGGGGAAGCUCUUCCUCUUGCCUCUCCCAUUCAUGGUGGGGGCAGAGGAGUCUCUGCAGGAAAACAGCUCCUCCUCUGCCUCAUGGCUGCUUCAUCUGGAUGGCCUGACAACGUCACAUUUUCUGCAUCACCCUGAGCCCCUUUUGCUUCCCAGCCCUGGAGUUUUUACCCUGGCUUUACCUCCCACCUCGGCCCAGGACACUCUUCCCUCUCAGGGUGUGUGAUGAACUCUCAGGAGAGGGAAGAUGGGAGCCAGGGCAGAUAGGAAGCUCUGCCUGAGCUUUCCAUGGGGCAUGCCAGCCAGACCAAUAAAAAGUGUCCACUCUGCUAAGCCUGCGUUUCUUGAGCUGAGGGAUGGAACAGAGGGUUAGAGAGGCAGUGGCCGUCUCCACCUCAGCUCCUGCUCCCUCUGCAUUGGAGCCCUUCCUUCCUUGGGGGAUGGGCUUUUGCCCUCUUUUUUCCCUUCCUGUACCUUUGACUAACCCCUCAGCUUCUGGGCCUGCAUGUAGUAGACAGAAGAGGAAGAAAGAACACUGACAUUCACAGCUGAAUAAGUGAACAGGAUAGCAGUCCCUGGAUGGCAGUCUGCCUCAAGAUUCCUUUUCCUGCCUUCUCCCAUACAUUCCAAAAGGAAGUUCAACAGUCAGCAGCACCUCCAAGAGUAUCUCCCUCGGGCCAAUAUCAUAAGAUGGGUGCCGUAAUCCUGAGGCCUCCUAGAGGCUGAGGGCAGCAGUAUGCUCCAGCUGGCUCGUCCCAGCCCAGGUGGGCCAAUUAUUCAAUUUUUAAGAAUUUCGUUGGAAGCCAGUUGUUAAACACAGCCAUUAUAAUUAUGUAAAUGUGCAAAUUAGGUUCAAAACAAGGACAAUAAAUAUUCAAA